UGUUUGUUAAAUUAUAUGUAGGGACAGGGUCUUCCUACCUUUCCCGAGCUGGUCUCAAGCUCCUGGGCUGAAGUGAUCCUCCUGCCUCAGCCUCUCAAAGUGCUGGUAUUAUAGGUAUAAGCCACCACGCCCUGCCUAAUUUUUCUGAGUUGGAUUAUUUUACACUCCAGUCUGCUGUGAAUGAGAGUUCCAGUUUUUCCGUAUCCCAAUCAAUUUGUGAUUGCCUACAAAUGAUGUGCCAUGAUGAAAUUGUCCCUGGUGUCCGAGAGGAUCGCAAAGAAUUUCCCUUCCUUUCUCUCCUUUCUGCUCCCCUUGUACUGUCUACUUCUUAAACUGGCACUUGAUCCAGGAACAUAACGGGGCUGGACAGUGCAGACGGCACACAUGGCCUCAGUCUAUUGGAGCAUCUCAAAGGAAUGUGUCUGCAAAUUCUAGUGCAUCUAGACAGAGCACAGGAAGGAAGAGAGGUACAGACUCACGUAUGGCCCUGGGGCACCUGCCAUCCUCUCGCGCCCGUACAGCCCUUACCUGCCAGCCCUUACCUUACCCAGCUUGCGUUCUGGGCCUUCUCACGAGCACAUCGCUGGGACCUGGUCGACUUCAGGUAAGUUUAUUUCAUGGCUCCCUCCCACCUCCCUGCACAUGCCAUAUGUUCCUUCCCAGCCCCAUGUCACUUGAAAUGUUCUAUUAUGUCCAAGACUUCUCUCCUCAUCCUAAACCGCAGAAAAUAAGGAUAGAGAAGAGAAGGAGAAGAGAAGAAAGAGAGAUUCAUUGACAGGGAGGAUCAGAAGCUCCUGGGCACCCCAUACUGUAGAAUAAAAAUCUUCAUUGUGGUGUUUUUCUUGCAAAAUAUUCCCCUCUACAUAAUUAUGUUUCUACAUUAAUAAUAUAAAUUUAAAGAGGAGAAAUACUUUUUGAAGAGUCUGAGAAUCUUCAUAUAGCUCAGGCGGCCACGAAUUAGCUGUGUGACCCGGGGCAUGCCCCUUAGACUCUGAGCCUCAGCUUCUCUAUAUGUAAAAUGGGUUGAAGCCGCCCUUCCCCACCAGCACCCUGUGCACAGGGGAUGCCCAGCCCCAUUAUUUUCUGGACUCCGUGGCCAAGCGUGCUUAGGACACACAGCCACAUACUUCUGGGCAGUGUCAUCUGGUAACUCACUGUCAUGUCAGUGUGGUCAAGCAUUGUAGACCUCUGUGAACCAAAUAUGCCUCAGGCUGGGGUUGAGCACAGGAGAGGGAGGAGGGAAAGGUCACUGGGGCUGGGAGUGCCUACUUCCCUCUGUGAGUGUUACCCCAGUUCACCCAGUACCAUACCUUUCUCUCUCUGGACCCACUUCCUCUUGCUGCUGGCUCCUCCCCAUUGAAUGACAGCCAAGUUGCUUUGGUUUCUAUUUCUUUGUUAAGUCGUUCCUUCUGCAAAGGACUUCCUAGCGGGUGUGAAAGGCAGCGGUGGCCACAGAGGCAGUGGAGAGAUGGCCUUCAGCGGUUCCCAGGCUCCCUACCUGAGCCCAGCUGUCCCCUUUUCUGGGACUAUCCAAGGAGGUCUCCAGGAUGGACUUCAGAUCACUGUCAAUGGGACCGUUCUCAGCUCCAGUGGAACCCGGUUUGCUGUGAACUUUCAGACCGGCUUCAGUGGAAAUGACAUUGCCUUCCACUUCAACCCUCGCUUUGAAGACGGAGGGUACGUGGUGUGCAACACGAGGCAGAACAGCAGCUGGGGGCCCGAGGAGAGGAAGACGCACAUGCCCUUCCAGAAGGGUAUGCCCUUUGACCUCUGCUUCCUGGUGCAGAGCUCAGCUUUCAAGGUGAUGGUGAACGGGAGCCUCUUCGUGCAGUACUUCCACCGUGUGCCCUUCCACCGUGUGGACACCAUCUCCGUCAAUGGCUCUGUGCAGCUAUCCUACAUCAGCUUCCAGCCUCGUGGCGUGCGGCAUGCUAACCCGGCUCCCAUUACCCAGACAGUCAUCCACACGGUGCAGAGCGCCCCUGGACAGAUGUUCUCUACUCCUGCCAUCCCACCUAUGAUGUACCCCCACUCCGCCUAUCCGAUGCCUUUCAUCACCACCAUUCCGGGAGGGCUGUACCCAUCCAAGUCCAUCAUCCUGUCGGGCACUGUCCUGCCCAAUGCUCAGAGGUUCCACAUCAACCUGUGCUCUGGGAACCACAUCGCCUUCCAUCUGAACCCCCGUUUUGAUGAGAAUGCUGUGGUCCGCAACACCCAGAUCAACAACUCCUGGGGGUCUGAGGAGCGAAGUCUGCCCCGAAAAAUGCCCUUCAUCCGUGGCCAGAGCUUCUCGGUGUGGAUCUUGUGUGAAGCUCACUGCCUCAAGGUGGCCGUGGAUGGUCAGCACCUGUUUGAAUACUACCAUCGCCUGAGGAACCUGCCCACCAUCAACAAACUGGAAGUGGGGGGCGACAUCCAGCUGAUCCAUGUGCAGACAUAGGUGGCUCCCUGGCCCUGGGGCCGGGGGCUGGGGUGUGGGGCAGUCUGGGUCUUCUCAUCAUCCCCACUUCCCAGGUCCAGCCUUUCCAACCCUGCCUGGGAUCUGGGCUUUAAUGCAGAGGCCGUGUCCUUGUCUGGUCCUGCUUCUGGCUACAGCCACCCCGGAACGGAGAAGGUAGCUGACAGGGAUUGCCUUCCUCAGCCGCAGCAGCACCUGGGGCUCCAGCUGCUGGAAUCCUACCAUCCCAGGAGGCGGGCACAGCCAGGGAGAGGUGGGGAGUGGGCAGUGAAGAUGAAGCCCCAUGGUCAGUCCCCUCCCAUCCCCCACACAGCUCCACCCCAGUCCCAAGCCACCAGCUGUCUGCUCCUGGUGGGAGGUGGCCUCCUCAGCCCCUCCUCUCUGACCUUUAACCUCACUCUCACCUUGCACCCUGCACCAACCCUUCACCCCUCCUGGAAAGCUAGCCUGAUGGCAUUCCACUGGCCUCCACCGACUGACCAGAGCGUUCUCUUCAGGGGACUGGCUCCUUUCCCAGUGUCCUUAAAAUAAAGAAAUGAAAAUGCUUGUUGACACAUUCA